AAUAAAGUUAAUUAGCUAGGGCUUAUUAGGAGGCAAACUGUAGUUUUAGUCACGAUUAGAAAAAUAUUAAAUUAAUGUUCGAAAAAAUAAUAAUUAAAUGUCCUUUUACUAUGCGUGGCAAGAAUCUACUAACGGACAGACAAACUGACCAAGCUAGGGGCCUACGUGUCAGCUACCGGUUUUUUGACAGUUGAACCGUAACCGGAAUAGUAAAUUCCGAAUUUGAUCAUCCGGUUUGGAAUACUACUUCUUCCUUCUCCUAUAAAUAACCCAACACUGACCGACUCUUUUGCUCCACGCGUCCUAUCAUUUCAAUCCAUUUCAAAUAUCUUCUUGAGUUUUCACAUCACUACUCGAAAAUGGGAAUCUGUGUGUCCUUCAACCAGAGAGAGUCCACUUCUCCACCGACGGUGAAGAUCGUGACGGUUAACGGCGAUCUCCGAGAAUACAACGCUCCGGUGCUAGCAUCUCAGGUCCUGGAAGCCGAAUCAGCAGCUGCUCCUUUAUCUUCUUCUUCCUCUAGACCUUCCUCUUACUUCAUCUGCGACUCAGAUUCUCUCUGCUACGACGACUUCAUUCCGGCGAUUGAAUCGGAGCAACCGCUUCAGGCCGAGCAGAUCUACUUCGUCCUCCCCAUCUCUAAGCGUCAGAGCCGUCUAACGGCCUCGGAUAUGGCGGCUCUCGCCGUGAAAGCAAGCGUCGCGAUGCAGAACUCUGUGGGGAAAGAAUCUCGCCGGCGUAAGAAGGGGAGAAUCUCGCCGAUGAUGAUGUUUACUCAGCCUAACGAUUCCGUCGCCGUUGUUAACGGAAAAACAAGUGAAUCGACGGUUAGGAAUAAAACGGUUCCGUUAAAGGUAUCGAGCGGUUAUAACCGGUCUGGUUUGGUUCGUAGUUUGAGAAGAUAUACUUCUACGCGAGCAAAGUGGGCGGUUCGAUCUUUUAGGUUGAAACUUUCAACCAUACACGAAGGCGCCGUCGUUUAGAUUCGUUAUAUUACUCGUAAACUUUUGUUUGUUUGUAUAUAGAAUAUGUUCCCAAACAAAGUAUGCAUAUGAUUGGCUAUGUUUCUAUAAUUAGACAAUCAUAGUUUACAAUUAUACGUGAGGUUAAUAAUACUGUGGUAAGAUAUAAAACUUUAAAGUGGUUGUUUGUAUGAAAUGUUUUAUAUGGGUUGUCUUCCAUACGUUGAAAUAUAAUCUGAAGCUAAAUUACUUGUAACGUUUAAUUGCUAUUUAAAUUUAAACUGAGUA